AUGUGUUUUUCUUCUUUGUAUGCGUAUAUGAUUGCACCAAAUCUGUUUUCUUUCAAAACAUAUUUUGCGGUCUUCUUCGUCCCCUUUCGUCAAUCAUCCCGUCUGUCUGUUCGUCGUUUCAUCUCCUUUACGAAUCUAAUAUAUCUUAUUCUUAACCCUUUCAAACCACCACCACCGCCGCCGACGCCGCCGCCACGCCCCCUUACCGCAUCGCCGUGUGCAUGUGAAUCUAUCUAUCUAUCUAUCUAUCUAUCUCGGUCUAUUCUAAUCUAUCUAUCUAUCUAUUUCGGUUCUUUUAUUGUCCUCCUUGUUUCUUAUAUUGUCCUUCUUGUUUCUUUUAUUGUCCACCAUGUUUCUUAUAUUGUCCUUCUUGUUUCUUUUAUUGUCCUCCCUGUUUCUUAUAUUGUCCUUCUUGUUUCUUUUAUUGUCCUCCCUGUUUCUUAUAUUGUCCUUCUUGUUUCUUUUAUUGUCCUCCCUGUUUCUUAUAUUGUCCUUCUUGUUUCUUUUAUUGUCCUUCUUGUUUCUUUUAUUGUCCUUCUUGUUUCUUUUUUCCUGUUUUUUCUUUUUAUUGUUUUAUUGUCCUCCCUGUUUUUUUUGUCCUUUCUUUGUUUUUUAUUGUCCUCCUUUUUGUUUCUUUUUUUUUAUUGUCCCUCCCUGUUUUUUAUAUUGUCCUUCUUGUUUCUUUUUUUUGUCCUCCUGUUUUUUUAUUGUCUUCUUGUUUUUUUUAUUGUCCCCUGUUUUUAUAUUGUCCUUCUUGUUUUUUUUUCUUAUUUGUCCUUCUUGUUUUUUUUAUUGUUUCCCUGUUUAUUUGUCUUCUUGUUUCUUUUUUAUUGUCCACCCUGUUUCUUUAUUGUCCUUCUUGUUUUUUUUUUUUGUUUUUUUUUAUUGUCCUUUUAUUGUCCUUUUUUUUUUAUGUUUCUUUUUUUUUAUUGUCCUUCUUUUUCUUAUAUUGUCUUCUUGUUUUUUUUAUUGUCCACCAUGUUUUUUUAUUGUCCUUCUGUUUUUUAUUGUUCUUCUUGUUUUUUUUAUUGUCCUCCUUAUUCCUUCUUUUUAUUGUCCUUCUUGUUUCUUUCCACCCUUUUCUUAUAUUGUUCUUUCUUUUAUUUUUUGUCCACCUUUUUUUAUUGUCCUUGUUUUCCCUGUUUCUUAUAUUGUCCUUCUUGUUUCUUUUUAUUGUCCACCAUGUUUCUUUUUUUCUUUUUAUUGUUCUUCUUGUUUUUUUUUUAUUUGUCCUCCUCCUGUUUCUUAUUUAUUGUCCUUCUUGUUUUUUUUUAUUGUCCACCUUCCCCCUUGUUUUUUUUUGUCCUUCUUUAUGUCCUUCUUUUUUUUAUUGUCCUUGUUUUCUUUAUUUCUUCUUGUUUUUAUUGUCCUUCUUGUUUUCUUUUAUUGUCCUCCUGUUUUAUAUUGUCCUUCUUGUAUUGUCCUUUUUCUUGUUUCUUUUAUUGUCCACCCUGUUUCUUUUAUUGUCCUUGUUUUUGUUUUUUUUUUUUUAUUGUCCUCCUGUUUCUUCAUAUUGUCUUCUUGUUUCUUUUUUAUUGUCCUCCCUUUUUAUUGUUAUUGUUCUUAUAUUGUCCUUCUUGUUUUUUUUGUCCUUGUCCAUUGUCCUCCUGCCCUUGUUCUUUUUUAUUGUUUUUUGUUUUAUUGUCCACCCUGUUUCUUUUAUUGUCCUCCUUAUAUUGUCCUUCUUGUUUUUUUAUUGUUUCUUUUUUUAUUGUCCACCCUGUUUCUUAUAUUGUCCUUUUGUUUCUUUUUAUUGUCCUUCCUGUUUUUUUAUUGUCCUCCCUGUUUUUUAUUGUUUCUUUUUAUUGUCCUUGUUUCUUAUAUUGUUUUCUUUCCUUUUUUUUAUUGUUUCUUCUUGUUUUUUUAUUGUCCUUGUUUCUUAUAUUGUCUUCUUGUUUCUUUUAUUGUCCACCCUGUUUCUUAUAUUGUCCUUCUUCUUUUAUUUUCCUCCCUGUUUUUUAUUGUUCCACCCACCCUGUUUCUUAUAUUGUUUUCUUUAUAUUGUUUUUCUUUUAUUGUCCACCCUGUUUCUUAUAUUGUCCUUCUUGUUUCUUUUUAUUGUCCACCAUUGUUCUUUUCUUUUUUAUUGUCCCCUCCUGUUUUUUAUUGUCCUUCUUGUUUCUUUUAUUGUCCACCAUGUUUCUUUUUAUUGUUUCUUUUAUUGUCCUCCCUGUUUCUUAUAUUGUCCUUCUUGUUUUUUAUUGUCCAUUGUUUUUUUAUUGUCUUGUUUCUUUUAUUGUCCUUUUAUUGUUUCUUUUUUUUUUAUUGUCCAAAUCUUUUUCUUAUAUUGUCCCUGUUUCUUUUUUAUUGUCCUUAUAUUGUUUUCUUUUUUUUAUUGUCCCUUUCUUAUAUUGUCCUUCUUGUUUUUUAUUUUUUAUUUGUCCUUCCAUUUUAUUGUUUUUUUUAUUGUCCUUCUUGUUUCUUUUAUUGUCCAUGUUUCUUAUAUAUUGUCCUGUUUCUUUUUAUUGUCCUCCCCCAUGUUUCUUUUUGUCCUUCUUGUUUCUUUUAUUGUCCUUUGUUUCUUUUUUUUGUCCUUAUUGUUCUUUUUUAUUUCCCUUCUUGUUUUUUUAUUGUCCUCCCUCUGUUUCUUAUUUGUCCUUCUUGUUUCUUUUAUUGUCCAAUUUCUUUUUAUUGUCCACCAUGUUUCUUUUAUUGUCCUUUCUUGUUUCUUUUUAUUGUCCUUGUUUCUUUUAUUGUCCACCUGUUUUUAUAUUGUUCUUCUUGUUUUCUUUUUUCUUUUUGUCCUUCUUGUUUCUUUUAUUGUCCUCUUCUUGUUUUUUUAUUGUCCAUUGUCCACCCUGUUUCUUAUAUUGUCCUUCUUUUUCUUUUUUUUAUUGUCCACCCUGUUUCUUUUAUUGUCCUUCUUUUUUCUUUUAUUGUCCUUAUAUUGUCCUGUUUCUUUUAUUGUCCUUGUUUUUUUUAUUGUCCUUUGUUUGUCCAACCAUGUUUCUUUUAUUGUUCUUUUUUUAUUGUCCUUUAUUGUCCUUGUUUCCUUUUUUCUUUUGUUGUCCACCCUUGUCCUCUUUUUCUGUUUCUUUUAUUGUCCUUCUUCUUUUUCUUUUAUUGUCCUCCCUUUUGUUUCUUUUAUUGUCCUUCUUGUUUCUUUUUAUUGUCCACCCCCUGUUUUUUAUUGUCCAUUUUUUUUAUUGUUCUUCUUGUUUCUUUUUUCUUUUAUUGUCCCCUCCUGUUUUUAUUUGUCCUUCUUAUUGUCCUUCUUUUUUAUAUUGUCCUUCUUGUUUUUUUUUUAUUGUUCCUUGUUUCCCUGUUUCUUUUAUUGUUCUUCUUUUUAUUGUCCACCAUGUUUCUUAUAUUGUCCUUCUUGUUUUUUUUUAUUGUCCUCCAUGUUUUUUUUAUUGUCCAAUUUUUUAUAUUGUUUCUUUUUUUGUCCACCAUGUUUUUAUAUUGUCCUUCUUGUUUUUAUUGUCCACCCUGUUUCUUUUCUUGUUUCUUUUUAUUGUCCACCCUGUUUCUUUUAUUGUCCACUUGUUUCUUUCCUCCCUGUUUCUUUUUAUUGUCCACCCUUUUCUUAUAUUGUCCCUUGUUUCUUUUAUUGUCCACCCUGUUUCUUAUAUUGUUCUUCUUGUUUCUUUUAUUGUCCUCCUGUUUAUAUUGUCUUUUUGUUUCUUUUAUUGUCCUCCUCUUUUAUAUUGUCCUUCUUGUUUCUUUUUUAUUGUCCUCCCUGUUUCUUUUUUGUCCUGUUUCUUAUUGUUUUUUUAUUGUCCUUCUUGUUUCUUGUCCUUUUUUUCCCUUCUUGUUUAUUUAUUGUCCUCCCUGUUUCUUUAUUGUCCUUCUUGUUUUUUUUUUAUUGUCCUUCUUGUUUCUUUUAUUGUCCUCCUUGUUUUUUUUAUUGUCCUUCUUGUUUCUUUUAUUGUCCUUCUUGUUUUUUUUUUAUUGUCCUUCUUAUAUUGUCCUGUUUUUAUUGUCCACCCUUUUUUAUAUUGUCCUUCUUGUUUUUUUUAUUGUCCACCCUUUUUUAUUGUUUCUUUUUCUUAUAUUGUCCUUCUUGUUUUUUAUUGUCCACCCUUUAUUGUCCUUCUUUGUUUCUUUUAUUGUCCACCAUGUUUCUUAUAUUGUUUCUUUUUUUAUUGUCCUCUUCUUUAUUUUUUUUUUAUUGUCCCUCCUGUUUUUUAUAUUGCCCUUCUUGUUUUUUUUAUUGUCCUCCUGUUUUUUUAUUGCCCUUCUUGUUUUUUUUUAUUGUUACCUUUUGUCCUCCUGUUCUUCUUGUUUCUUUUAUUGUCCUCCCUGUUUUUUAUAUUGUCCUUCUUUUUUUUAUUGUCUUUUUCUUUUAUUGUCCUUCUUGUUUCUGUUUCUUAUAUUGUCCUUCUUGUUUCUUUUUAUUGUCCUCCUGUUUUAUAUUGUCCACUUGUUUCUUUUAUUGUUUGUCCUCCCUGUUUUUUAUAUUGUCCUUCUUGUUUUUUUAUUUUCCUCCCUUUUUUUAUAUUGUCCUCUUCUUUUUAUUGUCCUCCUGUUUCUUAUAUUGUUCUUCUUGUUUUUUUAUUGUCCCUCCCUGUUUUAUAUUGUCCUUGUUUCCCCUGUUUCUUAUAUUGUCCUUUUGUUUCUUUUUAUUGUCCUCCUGUUUUUAUAUUGUUUCUUUUUAUUGUCCUCCCUGUUUCUUAUAUUGUUUCUUUUGUUUUUUUUUUUUAUUGUCCUCCUUUUUUAUAUUGUUUCUUGUUUCUUUUAUUGUCCACCCUCCUGUUUUUAUAUUGUCCUUCUUGUUUCUUUUAUUUUUCUUGUUUCUUUUUUAUUGUCCUCCCUGUUUCUUUUAUUGCCCCCCCUGUUUCUUAUAUUGUCCUUCUUGUUUCUUUUUUUAUUGUCCACCUGUUUCUUUAUAUUGUCCUUCUUGUUUCUUUUAUUGUCUUCUUGUUUUUAUAUUGUCCUUAUAUUUUUCUUGUUUUUUAUUGUCCUGUUUUCUUAUAUUGUCCUUUCUUGUUUCUUUUAUUGUCCUCCUGUUUCUUAUUGCCCUUUCUUGUUUCUUUUUAUUGUCCUCCUUGUUUCUUUUUUUUAUUGUCCUCCUGUUUUUAUAUUGUCCUUCUUGUUUCUUUUUUAUUGUCCUUCCCUCCCCAUUUCUUAUAUUGUUUUUCUUGUUUCUUUUAUUUUCCUCCCUGUUUCUUUUAUUGUCCUUCUUGUUUCUUUUGUUGUCCACCCUGUUUCUUAUAUUGUUCUUCUUGUUUCUUUUAUUGUCCUCACUGUUUCUUAUAUUGUCCUUCUUAUAUUGUGUUUUAUUUGUUCCUUUUAUUGUCCACCUGUUUUUUAUAUUGUCCUUUUCUUGUCCUUUUUGUAUUGUCCUUGUUUUUAUAUUAUCACCCCUUGUUUUAUUGUCCUUCUUGUUUCUUUUUAUUGUCCUCCUGUUUCUUUUAUUGUUCUCCAUUUUUCUUUUUAUUGUCCUCCCUUCUUGUUUCUUUUAUUGUCCCUCCUCCCUUUUCUUAUAUUGUCCUUCUUUUUUUUUUAUUGUCCUUGUUUUCCUUCCUUCUUGUCCUUGUUUCUUAUUUUUUUUUGUCCCUUUUUAUUGUCCUCCCUGUUUCUUAUAUUGUCCUUCUUGUUUCUUUUAUUGUCCUCCCUGUUUCUUAUAUUGUCCUUCUUGUUUCUUUUAUUGUCCACCCUGUUUCUUUUAUUGUCCUUCUUGUUUCUUUUAUUGUCCUCCCUGUUUCUUUUAUUGUUCUUGUUUCUUUUAUUGUCCUCUUAUAUUGUUUCUUUUUUUAUUGUCCUCCUUUUCUUAUAUUGCCUUCUUGUUUCUUUUUUUAUUGUCCUCCCUGUUUCUUAUAUUGUUUCUUGUUUCUUUUUUAUUGUCCAAUUCUUGUUUCUUUUAUUGUCCUUCUUGUUUCUUUUUUUCCUCUUGUUUUUAUAUUGUCCUCCCUGUUUUAUUGUUCUUCUUUUUUUAUUGUCCUUUCUGUUUCUUUAUAUUGUCCUUUUUCUUUAUUGUUUUUUUAUUUGUCCCCUUGUUUCUUUUUUAUUGUCCUUCUUGUUUCUUUUAUUGUCCUCCCUGUUUCUUAUAUUGUCCUUCUUGUUUCUUUUAUUGUCCUCCCUGUUUCUUAUAUUGUCCUUCUUGUUUCUUUUAUUGCCCUUCUUGUUUCUUUUAUUGUCCUCCCUGUUUCUUAUAUUGUCCUUCUUGUUUCUUUUAUUGUCCUUCUUGUUUCUUUAUUGUCCUUGUUUCUUUUUUUGUUUCUUUUAUUGUCCUUAUUGUCCUCCUUGUUUUUUAUUGUCCACCUUGUCUUGUUUUUUUAUUGUCCUUCUUAUAUUGUUUAUUUUGUUUUUUUUAUUGUCCACCAUGUUUCUUAUAUUGUCCUUCUUGUUUCUUUUAUUGUCCUCCCUGUUUCUUAUAUUGCCCUUCUUGUUUCUUUUAUUGUCCUCCCUGUUUCCUCCCUCCCUGUUUUUAUAUUGUCCUUUUUGUUUAUUUUCCUUUUUUCUUGUCCUGUUUCCCUUCUUGUUUGUUCUUUUAUUGUCCUCCUGUUUUUAUAUUGUUCUUCUUGUUUCUUUUUUGUCCUCCCUGUUUCUUAUUUGCCCCCCUUGUUUCUUUUUUAUUGUCCUUCCUUUUCUUUUAUAUUGUCCUUUUUGUCUUGUUUCUUUUAUUGUCCUCCCUGUUUCUUAUAUUGUCCUUCUUUUUUCUUUUUUUUAUUGUCCACCUGUUUCUUUUGUUUCUUCUUGUUUUUUUAUUGUCCUCCUGUUUUUAUAUUGUCCUUGUCCUGUUUUUAUUUUGUCCACCCCUGUUUCUUAUAUUGUCUUUGUUUUUUUAUUGUCCUCCUUGUUUCUUUUAUUUCGUUCUUCUUUUUUUUUAUUGUCCUCCCUGUUUUUUAUAUUGUCCUUCUUGUUUUUUUAUUGUGUUUUUAUAUUGUUCUUCUUUUCUUUUUAUUGUCCUUUUUUUUUUAUUGUCCUUCUUGUUUCUUUUUUAUUGCCCUCUUCUUUUUCUUUAUUGUCCUGUUUCUUUUAUUGUCCUUUUUAAAAAAAUCUUGUUUUUUUUAUUGUCCUCCCUGUUUCUUAUAUUGUUCUUUUUCUUUAUUGCCCUUCUUGUUUUCUUUUUAUUGUCCUCCUGUUUUUAUUUGUCCUUCUUGUUUCUUUUAUUGUCCUUUGUUUUUUUAUAUUGUUUUUUUUCCUCAUUGUCCCCUGUUUCUUAUAUUGUCCUCUUGUUUCUUUUAUUGUUUCUUUUAUUGUCCUUUCUUGUUUUUUUAUUGUCCUUGUUUCUUAUAUUGUUCUUGUUUUGUUUCUUUUUUUAUUGUUCUUUUCUUUGUUUCUUUUUUUAUUGUCCUCCUUGUUUCUUUUAUUGUCCUCCUGUUUCUUAUAUUGUUCUUCUGUUUUUUUUUUUGUCCUUCUUGUUUCUUUUUAUUGUCCUCCCUGUUUUCUUAUAUUGUCCUUCUUGUUUUUUUAUUGUUUUCCUCCCUGUUUCUUUUAUUGUCCCUGUUUUUAUUUUUUUUUUUUUUAUUGUCCUCCUGUUUUAUAUUGUUUUCUUGUUUCUUUUAUUUAUCCUCCCUGUUUUUAUUUGUUUUCUUUUAUUGUCCUGUUCUUGUUUCUUUUAUUGUCCUUCUUGUUUCUUUUUUAUUGUUCCUUUUGUUUCUUUUUUUAUUGUUUCUUUUAUUCUCCUUCCUGUUUCUUAUAUUGUCCUCCCUGUUUCUCAUGUUGUCCUUCCUGUUUCUGUUAUUGUUCUACCAGUUUCUUUCUCUUUCAGUAACUUCAUGCGACCUAAUCGCUUGGGCUGAAAAAAAUUCUUUUUAA